AUGGCGGAAAUGCUGAACGAAACAGUCGUUUCCCCGCGGAAGUGGUAUGUUCACGUGGCGGUUCAGUCAUUCGAAGGAGAGUCGUGGGCCAUGGUAAAGGGUGAGACAGCAAGGAAUACCGCAGUUACUGCAGAACAAUCAAUGACGGUUGAUACUGAAGGGAAUCGGGAGAGAAAUGAAAACUCCACAAGAUCAGUGCUACUCCCAUGUACGGAUGCUAUAAAUAAGUUUUCCUCUGGUGUUGGGGGCGCCAUGAAUUCGGAUAAUUUCCUGAACAUCGUGCGGGAGUGCAACAGUGACGAGUCGUUAGUUAGCCGUGUGGCGGACGUUGGAUUUGUUCUUAAACCAUUUAGGGAUAAUGGCGGUAAUGGCAGUUGUGAGAAGAACCGUGGCACUGUGGGUGGUGGUGACCGGCCUGCAGAAAUGCACUACCAGCUUGUUCAAUCUAUUGACCCACUUCUAAAGGACGUAUUGGAGCCACCUGUUUCUGCCGUUAUCGAUGACUGUGUUGAUGCCACGGUGCUCGUUUACGGGGCUACGCAAGAGAUGAAACACCUGGGCGUUGUUGGUACACCGUCAGCGUGUGGUUUGUUGCCGAAAAGCAUCUGCAUGAUCGUUAAUAAGUGUUCUCAACAUCGCAAGCAGACUCUGCUGGAGCGUGCGGCUACGGCCGAGUCAAAUUCAACAGGUGGCUCAACGAACCUCACUGGCAGCAACAUUUCUGGGGAGGGGACUCAUAGAGGAAAAGAUCAUUGUUUUGUUGACGCUGAAGCAUCAUUUAUCGCUUUUGACAGAACCAAUGUGGCGGAUUUGUUGGACCUGAGUAAUAUCGACGUGGAAAUUAGCUUUAAUAUGGCCCGGAAGGAAACACAACCCAAUAACGGUGGUGAAGACAGCACUUCUCAAGAAUCACGCUGUGGUGUAACUUCCACCGGAGCCUGCAUUAAAAACGCGCGUUCGCUGCCCGUUAAUAACGUAAAUGAUGCUCUCAAGGCACUUGAUAUUGGCCUCGAAAGCCUUGCUUCUGCUGUGAAUAAUGGUUUACUACCCUCAGAGAUUGGUACGUCGCUGCUAUUUUCGCUUACUUUCUUCACGGACGACGGGCAUGUGGCCACCUUCCGUAUAUUUUGUUUAGCCGAAGAUGCUGCUGUUCAGGAUUGGAUCGUGUCAUCGGUGCUAUCAAGAAGUUCUGGUCCUCAUAAUGGCCCGGAACCACCGGUGUUACGUCACAAUGCCGUGGCACUACUGAUGCCUCUUCUGUGCCAGGGAAAUGCAUUCGCGUCAGUGUUGCUUUGUGUAUACAAUUCUGUUACGGCACUUCAGCGACUCUCACGCGACUUAACUUUUGCCAUCGCCGCACAAAAGCUCACCACAGCACCGUGUCCAGUGUCCCUUGUUGGAAGGAAGGGAAUACCUUCGCUUGCCUGCGGCUCAGGGAGUCGCUUGCCGAAUACCGGUCAGCGGAGUUUUUCAUCUGAUAAGCACAAACGAGGCUCUGUGGUCUCGAAAAAGGAGCGACGAGUUGAUCCUACCCACGUGGACUCUCCAUUGAGCGGACUCACUCCACGCUCCGGCGUGUGUGUUCCGCUUAGUAUGGACGAUCAACUGAUUCACGAGGAGGAAUUAAGCAAAGCGUGUCAGGGGGAACGUUUUGUCGAUAUGCCCUUGCAUAGGGCCAGUGGUGUUGAAGCACCAUAUUCAAUUAUUUUAACAACUGCAAAGAAGGAAACACGAGUGCUGCUGGGUCGCUCUCCACCAGCUCUCGCGGCUGAAUCGGGAGUGGCAGGCAACUUGAGUCAUGGCGCUGAAACUGCUGCAGAUUUGAAUCUGGCAUGUAGUGGUGAAGGUUGCCGUCAUUCCUCUUCAGAGGCCGCCAACCUUUCCACUCGUGGGUCAGAUGGAACUUUAAAUAAGGUAGAUGAUGGUUGUCCCAGUGGAAUAAAGAAAGUUGUAGAUGCCGAACACAAUGCUAUGAAAGGCGUUUCAUGCUCGGGAGUGCUGCAAUUACCUUCUUUUGGUGACGGCGGGAUUGAAAAUGUUUCAAACAAAAGCGAAAUUGGGAAUGCCAAACCUACAAUGGGAAAGAAUAUAGAUUAUACUGCUAAUUCCAGUGGCAUCAGCAACUGCCAGGCGACGAGUCCCACUUCUGCAAAUGUUUCUGAUGCCCAACGCUUGCGAUUCAAAGAUAUCCUGUGCAGGGAUGAGGAACGACAUGAUGUGGGCAAUGUCGAUGUCCCCGCAACUUCUUCUGCAUCCCCUCCACAGGGUGGAAAUGGUUCUGAAGCGGUUGCAGAGGGCCGAACAGUUUCCUCACUGGACCCUCAUUCCACUUCAAGCGAGAUGGAGUUACUUGUUGAUGAAUUUAUUUGUUUCUACCGUGAUUCCUGCGCAACAAAAGACCGAGUGGCUCACCUGGAAAGGGAAUUAGCUCGCGCCCGCAAAGCACUUGAGGGGAAACGGGAGUUGGAGGAAAAACUGGCUCGGCAGCAGGACUUGACGGAAAAACUUCGUGAGCAGGUGGCUCUUUUGCUUGCUGAAAGAGAGUUGUACUGUGGGACGAGGUGA